CCUCGCACCAUUGAGGUGACAUUGCGUGACUUCUCUCCCCGGUCACCUUACCCAGUCACUCUGGUUUCUAGUACAUAUACUGAUUAUUCACCAUGGCUUCUGCCAGCUUACCAACGCUGUUCCGGCAGUGCACUCCUCGACGUCACACACGCUUAGCAUGGGAGCGGGGUGUACAAAUACAUGCAGCACAUAAUCGCUUCGCUUCUCCUACUCUGCUUCUACCUCCAUCCUCCACAAGCACUUCUCCGUCACAUCUUUGCAGCCAGAGCACGCUAACCGCACCUUACUAUGCCAACCAUCACCGAGUCUUCGGCCACGGAUACGGCCUCCGUAGAAUCCUCCCAAGCUCCCCUCAAAGGACUCUGGAAGCCUACCCACCUGCAACGCCUCCACUACGGUUCCAACAGUGUACAGGAACACCUCCUGUCAUGUCUCCCCAGCGACAGCUCCAAAGCCUUCAUCCUCACCGGCAACUCGCUAGCAACUAAAACCCCCCUCAUUCAACAGAUCGAACAACUUCUAGGCCCUAAACACGCCGCAACAUUCAGCAAGAUCGGCCAACACGCUCCGGUCAAGCAACUCGACGAAGCCACCGAACUCGUCCUCAAAGACCCAUCCAUCGACACCAUCAUCUCCGUUGGGGGUGGUUCACCGAUUGACAGCGCAAAAGCCAUUUCGUACCGUUUACACGAGAAACAGAAGGACAAAUGGCUCUAUCACAUUUCCAUUCCUACAACCCUCAGUGCUGCCGAGUGUACACUUGGGGCCGGAUACACGAAUGAGGACGGGAUCAAAACCGGAGUUGCGGCCCCUCAACUCGCACCACAUGUAAUCAUCUACGAUAGUCACUUCGCGCUCGAAACGCCAGAGUGGUUAUUUGCCAGCACUGGCUUGCGAGCUCUAGAUCAUGCCAUGGAAUUGAUGUAUCAUCCCACCAGUACCGAGAUCUGUAGACAGAACUGUCUAUUGGCUGCACAUGGGUUAUUUGAAGGCCUGAGGGCAUAUCAUCGCAAUUCGAAGGAUGAGCAGGUCAUCACCAAGCUGCAAUUGGCAGCCUUCCAAUCACUAGGGUUUUUGGCGCUGAAUGUCAAGGGCGGACUGGGAUUGAGUCAUACGCUGGGGUAUGCGUUGGGAAGCCCUUUUCAGAUUCCUCAUGGGAUUACAUCUUGUUUGACCUUGGGACAAGUGGUGAAAGUGAAGGCUGAGAGCAAUGAGGAUGAUGCCAAGCAGUUGGCGAGGAUGGCACCUUUUGUGGGUGUCACGACGAGUGGGGAUGCUAAGAAGGAUGGUAUGGCUGUGGGUGACGCUAUCAUCAAGCUUGUCGAGGAUAUUGGUCUCAAGACUACACUGACGGAGAAGGGCGUUGGCAAGGACAAGCUGGACUGGAUUGUCAAGACCGCUACCAGGCAGGAGAGUGGGCCGCUCUAUGAAAAGGUGAAGCAGCUGGUAGAGACGCUGUAUUAGGAAGUCUCCCGAAUCUGGCGCCUGGAACGAGCGAGCGAGCGCCGUGGGUGUUUCACUUGGUAUCAGUACAAGUACAAUCGGUCGACAAUGGGUUGCACAGAGCUCAAAAGAUACAUGUUGUCUCGAAGCUCCUGCUCUCAGCUGUUGCAUCUCCAGAUAACAGCCUCAUAGGGUAUGGGGAGAUUUCUCGUCAUCGGAAUGAAGACACCAUAAUCCUCGUGCCAAAUAAGGUCUGCUUAGGCAUUCUUCUUCGGUUUUUCCAUUUCUAUCAUGAUAUGCCAGAAAGAAUGUCGCCCGUGAUUUACAUGUACGUGGUCCAACUCCGGCAUCGCUCGGGCUCGGUGGUCGGCAUAUCAUCCCGUUAAGUCCAUCUAAGCGAGAUCGGUAAUGCGUUGGAACCCUUGUUGGAGUUUAAUCGAUAUUGAC